AGCCCCAGCGAUGGCGGCGCAGGCCUCCCGCUCAGACCCGGCGAGGCCCGACGCCGCCCGCGACGCCGCCGAGACACCCCCGACGCUGCAGUACAGCCUCCUGCUGGAGCACCUGGUGGGCGACAAGCGCGGGCCGAGGCAGGCGCGGGCCUUCGACCCGGCCUGCCUCGGCGGCUUCCCGGCCCCGGCCAAGAGCGACGAGCAGAAGAUGGUCGAGCGGGCCAUGGAGAGCUGCGGCUUCAAGGCGACGCUGGCCUGCGUCGGGGGAUUUGUGCUGGGGGGCGCCUUUGGCAUUUUCACUGCUGGCAUUGACACCAAUGUGGGGUUUGACCCCAAGGAUCCAUAUCGCACACCGACAGCAAGGGAAGUCUUGAAAGACAUGGGCCAAAGAGGAAUGUCCUAUGCCAAGAACUUUGCCAUUGUGGGCGCCAUGUUUUCCUGUACUGAAUGCUUAGUGGAGUCUUACCGAGGGAAAUCUGACUGGAAGAACAGCGUUAUGAGCGGGUGUAUUACCGGAGGCGCUAUCGGCUUCAGGGCUGGCUUAAAAGCAGGGGUCCUUGGCUGUGGGGGCUUUGCCGCAUUCUCUGCCGCGAUUGACUAUUACCUACGAUAGCAGCCGGAGCCAGCAAGGAAGGACUUUCCGGGAUAAGGGGUGCAGGACGGUUGGCACAGCCAGCUUCCCUCUUCCCAGGAAGCAGGGGCUGUUUUGUGCUCGGUUUCCUAGAGGGUGGACACAACUCU